UAGUACUCAAGCAAACUUUGCACCCACAUGACUAGUGAUGAGUGUAUUUAGAAGGAAUUGCUUACUUUUGUAGCCGGAUGAGUGUGCACUCAUGUUGCACUACUCCAACUGGCUCAUCGGUGUUAAAAACAGGGCAAACCUUCGGAAUGCGUGCAAGACGUCGGGUAACAGCGACUGGACCAACCGGAGCCAGGAGCCCGGUGACAAGACAGGAGAGCUAGCGGUCACCGCCCACCUCUGGAAAAAGGGCUACAAAAUAAUCAAGAAGAUUGGCGAAGGCUCGUUCUCCGUGGUGGUCAAAACUCAGAGUCUGAAGGAUGGCAAGAUCUACGCGUGCAAGACUAUGAAACAGACCUUUAACAGUGUGGAACAGGCCAACAACCUGCGGGAGGUUCAGGCCAUGAGGCGGCUCAGCCCUCAUGCUAAUAUUAUCCACCUACAUGAACUCAUUUUCGACAAGGAAACGGGCACGGUUUCUCUGAUCUGCGAGCUGAUGGAGAUGAACAUCUACGAGUACAUUCGAGAGAAACAGACUCCGCCCUCUGAUCACACGGUCAAACACUACAUGUACCAGCUGUGCAAGUCACUCGACCACAUGCACAGCUGCGGGAUCUUCCAUAGAGACGUGAAACCGGAAAACAUUCUCAUCAAACAAAACACUCUAAAGCUGGGCGACUUCGGCUCAUGUAGGAGCGUUUACUCCAAGCCGCCGCAUACCGAGUACAUCUCCACACGUUGGUACCGAGCUCCCGAGUGCCUCCUGACAGAUGGUUACUACAGCCUAAAGAUGGACAUUUGGAGUGCCGGUUGUGUCUUCUUUGAAAUCAUGAGUUUGAAUCCGCUCUUCCCCGGUGCCAACGAGCUGGACCAGAUUGCAAAGAUCCACGACGUGCUGGGCACACCUGAUCAAAGUGUCCUGCGUAAAUUUAAGCAGUCUCGAGCGAUGCAUUUCAACUUCCCCGCCAAGAAGGGCAGCGGAAUCUCUCGCCUGCUACCCAACUGCGCCGCUCCCGCCGUGUCGCUGCUCUACCAGAUGCUGGCUUACGACGCCGAUGAACGCAUCACGGCAGCCACGGCCUUGAGGCACACUUACUUUCGGGAGCUGCGGUUGGCUGAAAAAAAAAGUGAAAGUAAUGCUGGAGUUUGCGGGCUACUUGAAUGCGUGCAGAAAAACGCCUCUCAUGUGACCUCAGACCUCUUGUGGCGACCCACUCGACUUAGCAAGCAAAUGAGGGGGAGACACACCAGACCCACCCCUUUAAUUACUCACAACCCAAAACACGUAGCCGAGCCCCUCGGCCGACGCAACGGCACCCACUAUCAACUGCCCAAAAUCAAAUUGAGCGUCCCGGGACCGCAACGCUCCUUCCCGGGGCCCACGGCGUUCGCCUUCAACCACCGGGGCGCGUUGCCGGCUAUCGCCGCAAAGAAGUGUCAGUCACGUUUAGCAAAGACCGACCACGAAUCAGAACAGGCGGACCUUGAGACGGACUUCAUGCCGCCUCUGGACAGGAAACACGAAGGCGAUUACUGACGCCAACGCGCAAAGGACCAGAGGCUAUUCUUGCGAAGCAGAAUAAAGCUAGCAUUAGCCCAUUUGUUACUCUUCUUUACAAUGAAGGGCUAUCCGUUAUGUCCAAUGUUGUGACUAAGAGCAGUUUUGUCUCUACACAGAAAAAUGGUGCAAUCAACCAAUUAUUGUCGUUUAUUAGUCUGAGCUUUAUUUACACAUACUGUAGAUGUCAUUUAGCACUAUUAUACUCAACAUGUAGCUUGCCAGGCACCUUUAUAGCCGCUCAGUGGACUCAUUAAUCUGCACUUUACUCUUGUCGGUGAUGUAAAACCCAAUUAAAAAAAAUAUUGGAAAUUGUGUUGUUUGAUAUAAAGUCCAGAAUUAAGUACAUACAGGGGGUCUUAAAGGGGAAGUUCAGAAUUAUUGAGAUAAGGUUUAAGCUUUGAUUUAGCGGGGUUUAAUUAGUCAUUGGAGUUGGAUUUCAAUAAAUUCCGUGUAGUUUAUUAUUUUUUAGUUUCAGGGCUCCGGAGUGGCUAAGCUAGCACAAGUCAAUGGUGCCUGCUUGCUUAGCAUACCAAAAAAAAAAACAAAAAAAAACAUGCACGCAUGAGAAUCACGGACAACCCAUGCAAUCAAUAGUGUUGUUGACUAUGUUUUCAGGAUAAAGUAAUUAAAACAUACCAUUGCAUGUCAAUAAUUAUAGUAUGAACAGCAACAUUAGUAAUCCAGCAGCUCUGCAGGGAACAGGCUGUCUCGGCAACAUGUCAGGUAUUCAAACCACCUAUAUCUAUUGUCUGGGAUAAAAGAAAAAUUUAAUUAAUCUAUACGUGUAGACAAAAUGAACCCAAUACAACAAUCAAAAUUAAUGUUCUGUGCUAAUUAUUUCUUCAGUUACUGUACCAGUUGUUUCAUCAAUUGCUAGUUAUGGUAUUUGGUAACACUUUAUUUGACAGUGGCGCUAUAAAACUGUCAUAAGACCAUCAAAAUUAUGGCACGACACUGCCAUGAGCAUUAAUGAAUGCUUAUGACAUGUCAAAUUAUCUCAGUUUUAAAUGGAUGUAAAAGAUCUGAGCUGGACAUAAAUGGAGUUAGUGACAUAAUUUGCCAGAUGACACUUAAUGAGAUCUUUCAUAAGCAUUCAUUAAUGCUCAUGAUAGUGUCAUGUCAUAAUUAUGGCGGUCGUAUGACACCACUGUCAAAUAAAAUCUAUUAAAUCCAAAUAAAUGAACAAAUAAGCCGCACUGGACUAUAAUUCACAGGCAUAGACUUCAUAAUAUAUUCACGGGACACGAGGCGCGGGGCUGAUUAGUAGGGGGCCAAUCGCAGUCAAAGCUGACCAAGUGGAAACAAAGAGCUAUUACGUUGAAAAUUCUUGUAAAUAAAUGCUUAAAUCCCUGAAUUCUUUAUAGAUAUGGACGUAAAACAGUCUCGAUUCUUGGUUAAAAGCAAAAAAAAAAAAAAAACGGAAGUUAGCAUUUAUUUUAUGUAAAUAUGUUGAAUGUGCUGCUAGUCUUUAAGCCACUGUGGCGCCUCCUUAUAAUCACAAAGAGCUCUUUACAUUGAAAAUUCUUGUAAAUAAAUGCUUAAAUCCCUGAAUUCUUUAUAGAUAUGGACGUAAAACUGUCUCGAUUCUUUGUUAAAAGCAAAAAAAAAAAAAAACGGAAGUUAGCAUUUAUUUUAUGUAAAUAUGUUGAAUGUGCUGCUAGUCUUUAAGCCACUGUGGCGCCGCCUUAUCAUCACAAAGAGCUUUUUACAUUGAAAAUUCUUGUAAAUAAAUGCUUAAAUCCCUUAAUUCUUUAUGGAUAUGGACAUACAACGGUCUCGAUUCUUGGUUAAAAAAAAUAAAUAAUAAUAAAAAAAAAAAAACGGGAAGUUAGCAUUUAAUGUAACCAUGUCAAAUGUGCUGAUAGACUUUUAGCCACUGUGGUGCCGCCAUAUCACCACAAAGAGGUUUUUACGUUGAAAAUUCUUGCAAAUAAAUGCUUAAAUCCCUGAAUUCUUUAAAGAUAUCAAAGGAAAACAGUCUCGAUUCUUGGUGAAAAGCAAAAAAAAAACAAAACAAAAAAAACGGGCAGUUAGCAUUUUACGUAAAUAUUGCAAAUUAUGACGCCAAUGCCGUGGCGGGCGAAUUUCUCCCAUUUUUUUUGCACGUUUCAAAAUGCAUGCAUGGUACGAAAAAUAUAAUUACCUUGAAUCCUCGAACAAAUCACUCCUGAGACAAUCCUUCUUGUUUGUAUGCGGUACAGUUUUCAUAAUUUUACAACCUAAAUCCGGCGUUUCAUCGCUGCAUUAGUUUGAGAUUAACUGCGACUGACUUUGACCGACCGAACCGGAGUGUGGAACGGCCCCCUACUGGAAGGCGUGGCGCAGUGUCUUGGGACUGUGUCCCGUCAAUAUCAUUAUGAAGUCUAUGGCACAGGAUUCAAAAUGACGGGGGGAAAAAAAAGUAGUGGCUUGUAGUCAGAAAAUUAUGGUACAGUUACAAAUGACUUCUCCCUAAAAGUAAUUUAGUUACUCAGCAAAAUAACUGACGUUACUUUUCAUGUUCCACACAUUAUUACAUGAUACAUUCUGGAACAUCUUUUUAUAUCAAAGAUGUUUAUAUUGAUUGAAUAAAGAAAAAGAGGGAAACGGUGUAUUCAAGAUUAUUUUUAAUAUUAUUAAUAUGUAUACUUUAGGCUUUAGAAAUAUAACUAUCCAUGGCAAAACCUCCCACGGGAGAAAUGUUAAAUGUGUCCUCCCCAACCCUCCCCGUCAUCAAAUCAAUUAAUUACAAUAUACACAGUAUGAUACAGAGCACAUUUCAAUCUGAACACAAUAUUAAAAUAAAUGCUCAAUAGAUAGGAUUUUAAUAGUUUUUCUCUCUAACGUAUUAGCCAUCUGUGAGUUGUGAGCACAGCACAAAAACAUGUAAAGCCAUUUUUUUCCGCAUCUAAUAAACAUAUUUAAGUGCAAACUUUUUUUCUUCUUUUUCUUUAAAAAGACUAAUUGCAGCAUCCAGUUUUGGGGGGGAUGGGGAUGAGGCCGUAAAGAGUCCCAUGCCCUCUUUUUUUCCCAUUAGAGUAGUAGUAGUAAUACAAAAAAAAAUCAGUGCAAAAGUCAUUGUGUAGACAGACGCAUGGGAUGCAACUUUCCCAGAUGCUCGCUUGAUCGUCACCAAAAACGGGGAAAAAAAUAGCUCGACUCAAAUUUGAAUAACCCCUGAGCAGUCUAGGCUACACUUGUAGUUUCAAAAAUAAAAUGUGUUAUGCAACCAUCCACUCAGGGUGAGCUUUGACACAAUAGAAAGAGGUUUUAAUAAAGUAAAAAUGAGUAAAAAUACAGUAAGAGCAACAGUCCGCAUUGCACCAUUUUUUUCCCCAUUGAUGCAGUCUUCCUCUUUAAGGCAGGCAUGGGGAACCUUUUUCCUAUUCUUAAAACAAAAAGGUAUGCUUAUUGUCAUACAUUAGGGUGUUUGUUUUUGACAACUGUUCCUGAAACAUUUCAGACAUUGAAUGAAAAUCUGGGGUUCCUAAAAGAUGACCAUGUGGUUUUAUUUCGAUCUGAUCGUUGCUUAAAAGAGACAGAUAACACCUUGACCGCACGAUCCGGGACAUCUCGAUUUUGGUCAGGCCGUGAUUGCCACUUUUCUGACCAGCUUGAUCGUAAUCGACAGUUGUGGAGUAUUACAUUUGACUGCAAUUGUUAUUGGCUGUGAAUAAUAACAAAUGAUUUUAUCGUUUAUCGAUUUUAUUUUAUAUCGAUAACACUUAUGGCUACAAAGCAUCACGAUAUACAGUCAUGUGAAAAAAUUAGGAAGCCCUAUGGACAUGCAGUAUGUGCAUUGGCGGACUUAGCAAUUUUGGUGCCUAAGGCGAAAAUAUCCAGGGGCCCUCUUCAUGGGCCAGGGGUUAAAAAGGUGAGAAGGGCGUGGAGGAAAUAUGUUCUGAUACACUAGGGCUGUCCUAAACGACAAGUUUUCUCCUGAUUCGUCAGCCGACUAGUUUUAUGAUUAAUCGACUAAUCUAAUAAUGUUCUUUUUCUUUUUUUUUCUUUUUUUACUAAUUUAGCAAUGCAAUUUUUGCUGACGCUUAUUAAUUCACAAAACUAUUUUGGAACACUUAAAUUCUUUAUUAAAGUACAAAUAAUCAUGUAAAUAACAAUAAUUAAUCACAAAUAAACAAUGAGGUUAAAUGCUGAUAGCAUUUACUAGUGCAAAAGAGUGGAAAGUAAACAGAUUCAGAACACUGACUUUGCCUUUCCAACAUUAUUCAAAACAAUUCUUAAAAAAAAAAAAAAUUCUAGCAACAUUAUUAUAGUGUAAUAC